CGAAAAUAUCGUCUGGUUUAUACUAGCUCGUCAAAAAGACAUUGGGUAUUGGAAACUUCUCAAUUUUUUCUGUCUGUAUAGCUACAGAGCUAUGGUCAUUUCUUAAAAUAACCUAAUGUUCAAGGCUUUCGGUUCAGCCAUCAAAGAAUGACUCGCAGUUGAAAUAUUUUUUGAUUAGUCGUGUUUUCUACCCAUUGUGUUCCGCAUUUCUAUCUUCCAUCAUAAAAAUCAGUACAGAUAGAUAGAUAGAUAGAGAGUUCACGGGUGUUUGGUCCUUGGGUAGUUCGUUCAGAGCUUCUGUACGUGAAUGGCUGUGACGCCUUUCUUCAGUUUACGCAACUUAGUCCUAAACAAGUGCAAUAAUUUUUUACUUCCUGGAUCAUCCCGAGAUAAGUGCUACAAGUUUUUGCUCGAUGGCUACUUUGUCGGAUUCAUCCACCCAAUGUUUUUGGAUUGGUUAUUGAAAUAUGCAAAUGUUUUUGUGAAGAUUUCUCAUCCGCAACACGGUGAUCAUUGUAUUACAAUGCAUCAGGCCAUGAUAAAUGUGAAUGACCGCAGCAAUGCAGUGGCAGAAGUGAUGCAAGAUUUGCGGACCACAAGUCCUUUCAAGGCUCUAAAAGGAUGGAGAAACGAGGACUAUGGCGUUUACGUUCAUAACCGUGAAAAAGUAUUAUUAAAAAUUGAACGUUCAGCAUCGAGUCUUCUGGGUAUUACACGAUAUGGUGUACAUGUAAAUGGUUUUUUCUCAAAUCGAUACAACUACUCUAGAAAAUCUGAUCGAAUCGUUAAUGGCAGCUCACGUAAUUCCAACGAUUCUAAUUCACUCGCUCAAAUUGGUCCGGAUAAUGUUUUUAUGUGGCUCGGUUUACGAUCAAUAAACAAACCUACAUCUCCUGGAAUGCUCGAUAAUAUGGCUGCUGGAGGUUUAACAUAUGGUCUAGAUGUAAUGGAAUGUGCUCGUAAAGAGUGUCAAGAGGAAGCAAGUGUACCAGAGCAUAUGCUUGGUAAACUAACCCUUGUAAAUCAAAUCAGUUAUAUUUUUGAAGAUGAGCGCGGUGUUUGCCCACAAAUUGAAUAUUGUUUCGAUCUGGAAUUACCGCCAGAUUUUAUCCCUGUUAGCUCUGAUGGUGAAGUGGAUAGUUUCCGAUUAGCCAGUAUAUCAGAGAUCAAACAACUAAUAUUUGACGAACACUUCAAAUCAAAUUCUGCUAUGGUUGCCUUGGAUUUUUUGUACAGACAUAAAUUUAUCGAUAAAGACUCAGGAAAUAAUUUGAUACUGUUGAACUACUACAAUCCAAAUGAUAUAUAACCAUGAAGAUCGUCAAUAUUUCUCGGAAACUGAUAUAUGGCAUAAGUAUCAUUCCCGACUCAGCUAUUUAGUUUCGGGACAGUAAAAGGUCAUCAGACACCAUGUACAUACAAUUUAGCUAGUUUUACGUAGCCUUUGUAAACACUAGGAAUGUCAGAAAAUAAGUAGUUUUGAAAUGUAGGAUCUGACCUUUUUAAAAGCUAGUGGUUUGUGUUGAUGAGAUGAAUAUUGAACCUAAUUUGAGUCCUGUCUCCCACAUUUUAUGCGCUACCAACCUAUAAACAAGUGAUUUAUUAUAGUUAGUAUGUUAAGGUAAUUCUGCUGUCAGUUUAUUCCCUUUUAAAAGGAUUUGUAAUGAGAAUGGAAGAAAAACUCGAAUGUAUGCACUAGUCCAUAACUUUGUGCCAAAUUAGCUAACUUAUUGUAAACAUCAUACAGAUACUACUCGACAGCACUAAUCACAACUAUGUGCACCAACCGAUUCAAAUGAUUCUUAUAUUAUGUUGUAAUCAGUUGUCGUAAUGUUUUUGUUAAACAUAUUCUUUUAUCUCACUACAGAUCCAAGGCAUGCAGAAGUACAAUCCUUGAUGCAUGUUAACUUACCAUUUGAUUAAUUGCAUUUGUGAAUACAGUUUUUAUCUAUCAACGUCAUUGUUUCAAAAUCAAAAAUCCUCCAACUUCUAUACAUUCGAUUAUUUUCCAGUAGAAAUUAAUUAUUUCUAACUUAGUUAUUUUCUUUGUAUUAUAAGUGGUCUUCAUCGUUGGCUAACGGUCAAGACUUUAUUCUAGUUUCAAAUCUUAAGCAGAGUUUUUUUAUUAUACAAAUAUACACCUUUCAAACAGCUAUCUUUCUCAUUUAAUUUUCCUAAAUCAGUCUAUUUCUUUGCAUAAAUAAUGUCUAUUUAUUAGUUGGUGUUCCAUCUUUCUUAUUUUCUUGGGGAAACGAAUAUUUGUGCUUAUGGUUAAAUGUUUUUCUUUCGGCUUAUUAUUUACAAUAAUUGAUUUGCAGAAA